UAAGUUGUCUCGCACCUGUCAUCUGCAAAAUGUCAGCUGUGAAAAGAAAACAACUUUUUCAUCGUUUCUUGGCAAUAUCUAAGAUUUCAGACAGUAUAUCAGUUAACAAAUUCUAUGCAACCUUGUCAGACGAUAAGAAGGAGAAAAUAGCCAAUGGCCCAGAACUUGGUGAUUUCAUACAUGACGAUCCACAGGUCAAUGCAGAAAACAUUAAAAGAAAGAAAGGAGAAAGAUUAAGACUUCCACAAUGGCUAAAAACAGACAUCGCCAUGGGAAAAGAUUACCACAGACUCAAGGAAAAUUUAAGAGAUCUGAAGCUUCACACAGUCUGCGAGGAGGCGAAAUGUCCAAACAUAGGGGAGUGCUGGGGAGGGGCGAAAGGCACAGCAACUGCAACCAUAAUGGUUUUAGGGGACACAUGUACACGGGGCUGCAGGUUUUGUUCGGUGAAAACAGCCAGAAACCCCCCUCCUCCAGAUCCCCUGGAACCAGUUAACACAGCCAAAGCCAUCGCCUCAUGGGGACUAGAUUAUGUGGUUCUGACUUCUGUGGACAGAGAUGACCUUCCUGAUGGGGGAGCUGCCCAUUUUGCAGAAACAGUGCGAGAAAUUAAAAAAAGUAAAUCAGAGAUGCUGGUGGAAUGCCUGACCCCAGACUUCCGUGGUAACAUGGAUUGUGUGGCUACAGUCGCAGAGUCGGGGUUAGAUGUGUACGCCCACAAUGUGGAGACAGUUGAGGAUCUACAGUGGUUGGUUCGAGACCCCAGAGCAAAUUACCAACAAUCCCUUGAGGUAUUGAAGUUUGUAAAAUCACACACCCCAGAUCUUGUAACCAAGACAUCCAUCAUGCUGGGUCUUGGGGAAUCAGAUGACCAAGUCAUGAGGGUCAUGGAAGAUUUAAGGAGAAUAGAUGUGGAUUGUGUGACCUUGGGUCAGUACAUGCAGCCCACCAAACGUCACCUGAAGGUCAAGGAGUAUGUCCACCCAGACAAGUUCAAACACUGGGAGGAAGUGGGCAACAAACUGGGCUUUGCAUACACCGCCAGUGGGCCCCUUGUCAGGUCCUCUUAUAAAGCAGGAGAAUUUUACCUGAAAAAUCUGCUUAAAUCUCGAAGGAAAGAUGCUUCCCUAGCUGCUGAUGUCGCGACUUAGAACUGUGUCAUUCUUUAUUUUACAUCUACUGUUUUCUUUUUUCCUUCAGGGAAGUAACUCUUACUGUGGCAUUUUGUUAAAUUUUACCAGCAUCAAACUGAUUAUUUAAGGUCUUAGAUCUGACCUCAUAUGUUGAUUAUAAGUUAUUAAAUGAAUCUCUGUUAUUAUGUGUGAAUAAAAUAUCUAUAUUAAAAUA